GCUCGCAUUUUCGGCCAUCUAUAUCUACAUUUCCAAUUUCCAAUUCCUUAAUGACAAAGUUAACACCCAAAAUAUAAGUCACCAUCGUGCGUAUUGAAAUCCAUAAACCUCUCCCUCAUCCCUCUGAGGUCUGAGCUAUAGUUCAUUCCAACAUGGAGCAACCACUGCUAUCAGGAGAGAGUGGGAAUUGGAGCUCGUAUCAGCAUGUGGGUCGAAGCGGUAUACCGACUGCUUCAUCAGUGGCUGGGACUGAGGUGAGUGUGGAUGAGAUAAGAUCUGCCGCUUCUGCUCCUUCAAGUCACUAUCCACCUUCUCUUCACGGAGCCUUGGUUAGCACACCAGACCCUCACCCUGCAGGGCAAGCUCUUGUUUAUCAAGGUGGAUGCGGAGGAGAUUAUGGUGGACCUAGGACUGGAUAUCAGAGGGAAUGCUUGGAUGAAGUGGAGAUACGCGAGUUGCUAAUUGAUCAUGUUGGUCAUCGGUGCUGUUGGGGCAGCCAUCCUGCUCGAACGUGGAAGAUUCAUGCAGUGGAAGACUGUAAUGUGUAUGUUGGAACUCUGGAUACGUUUGUCGAGGAAAGAGAGGUUAUAAAGGAGACAGAGCCAUACCUUGGUGGAAAUAUUGAUGGGAAAGAUAAGGGGACUGAACUUGGCAUUUGGGAAUUGGACCUAAGGUCUCAGUUCCCUGUUCUAUUUGUACCCUCCAAAGAAGUGAGAGAAAAGAUUCCUCAUUCUGAAACUAUUGACAAGUGCCCAGUUUGUGCAGGACGCAGAGGUACAGUCUGUACUACAUGUAAUGCAAGCCAAGAACGUGGACAUAAUAAAGAAAAUCAGUUGACUCAGUGUUCGACUUGUUAUGGGAGGGGUUUGAUUGCUCAUAAAGAUGGUUCUGACACACUAUGCGUGAAAUGUAAUGGUUCCGGAAAGAUUCCUUGUCCAACUUGUGGAUCGCAGGGACUAAUUAAGUGUAAAACGUGUAAUGGAAGUGGUUCUCUACUAUCACGCAAUGUUGCCAUUGUAAGAUGGAAGACGCUUUCAACUCGGAAAGUAAAUGCUACUAGUGGAGCAGCAUCAGUACCAGAUGAGGUUUUCCAUAGAGCCAAAGGAGUUCAAUUGUGCAACACCCAAGCUCACCAAUGCACUCCAGCUUAUUUUGCUGAUUCUUAUUUCCUCAACAAGUUCUCUUCUGAAGUCAUUGCAGAUAGAGCUUCCGUACCUGCAACCGCGAGGAUCAUAUGCGAGAGACAUACAAUCUCAGUUGUGCCAGUUACUCGCGUCACCAUGACUAGUCGGCGGCAAUCCUUCAGUUUCUAUAUAGUAGGAAAUAGCAGGGAGGUGUACUUGAAGGAUUAUUACCCAGCUAGAUUCUGUUGGGGGUUGUGUCCUUGCUUGGAGUGGUUGAAGGUGUAAUGUUCCGCCCCGCACUUGACGGCUGUACAUGUUUCCAUGUACACAUGUUUGUUUGGUUUAAACAUUAGAAACAUAUCACUGGUAAGGUAUAUGAAUAGUUUUGCAUGAUAUUAGAAGGUCAAAAGACAAAAAUGGUGACCAAAAAUACUGCACAGGUUUCCGAGAGUUGUUCGUUUCUAGAAUUGAGGUUUUGCUUAUGAAACAUUAUAUAUGGGAUUACACCUGUGAAAAUAAAGGCUGGAUUCAAUUGGGGCAA